AUGUCCACGGCCGCAACGAAGGUGGGUGCCGCGAGCGGGCCCAGCAGCCAAGAGGUACAAGUAAAGCCUGCAACGAUCGAAGAGGUCGAGGCGUUCGUGCUGCAUAACAAGCGCUGGCUGCCAGAUGACGCAGAGAAGGUGUUGCGGAGCAUGAACGCUGUGGAUCAGAGGAGAGUCAUUUGCGCCGGAAGCAUGUCAAGUGUGCAGAACCCGAUAGCUGUUCUACAGGCACGGGUACGUAAGGCGAAGGAUUUGGAGGAGGCUGCAGCCCGAAGUGGUGGUGCCAUCCCAGCGGCCCUGCUUGGACUCGAGAGCAAGCUCGUGAAGCCUGCGACUUCGGAGGAGUUGGAGGCAUUCGUGAAGUCCAAUGACCGAUGGAUCGCCGGAGAGGCAGUGGAACUCCUCCGCGCCAUGAGCCCGGUCGACCAGCGCAGGGUCAUCUCAGCAGGGACGAUGUCAGGCUGUCGAGACCCUGUGGCUGUCAUCCAGACCCGGGUCAAGAAGGCACGGGACAUGGAAUUGGAGCUGGAGAACUUGGCGGCUGGCAAGAAGCCCCUCCUGCAAGACGAGAAGCCUGGUCCUGCGACGAAAAGCUUUCGCGAGGAAGAAGCGGCUGCGCACCUCUACGCCCCGCCGGAGGAAGUUUGCGCCAUGGAGUCGAAGUUCGCGUCAUCUCUGGAUUCGGCUCGAGGAGGAGGUACUGGGCAAAUGCUGAUGGGUGAUGCGCCGGGCGUCGGAGGAAAGAGAAGGCGCACAGCCUUGAUCGAGCCGGCGAAGCCCAGUGCUCUGGAAAGCCACUGCAUUGGGACAAAUCUGGCAGUUUCACAGUCGGAUUUACCGAGACUUAGCUGCCCAUCAUGGGCCUCGUGGGCUUCAGACGGAAGGCCUUGUUGCGGCUUUGCAUUGGCUUUGACGCUCUUGGGCGUUGUCCAGGAGUUCAGAGAGACGCCUAGUGUGGAUCGAAGGUUAGCUGGCAAUGCCACCGCAACGGAUCCUCCAAGCUUGUAUCCGCCAGACUUGUUCCUGGAUCGGCCAUAUGGAGAAGAACCGAUAGGGAAGAGAUUCUUCGCUCUCUUGCAUUGUCUUGGCAUUGCAUACAUGGUGCUGGGAUUGAACACGGUUUGCGACGUCUACUUCGCUGGGUCCAUUGAUGUUCUCUGUGAUGCCUGGAGCUUGACGCCCGACGUCGCAGGAGCAACAUGGAUGGCCGCGGGGGGUUCGGCUCCAGAAUUCUUCACCUCCAUGAUUGGUGCAACCAUUGCGCAGAAUGACGUGGGAUUCGGAACUAUCGUGGGUUCUGCGGUCUUCAACGUGCUUUUCGUCAUCGGCUUGUGCGGAUACGUGGCGAAGGGGAACAUUGAGCUCACAUGGUGGCCCUUGUUCAGGGAUUGCUCCUACUAUAUUUUUUCCCUAGCGGUGCUGGCAACGUUCACCUACAACCAGAUCAUAGAGGCGUGGGAGGCAGCCAUCCUGUUCAGCUUGUACAUAGGCUACGUGAGCUUCAUGUUCUUUAACAAGCCGCUGAAUGUUUGGGCGUAUCGCAAGACCGGAACUCCACUUAACAAGGAAUUGCGGGAGUAUGUGGAGGAGAUGAAUAAAGCAAAGGGCAAGGUGGAGCCCGAGAAAGUUGGAAGCAGCACAGAGAAAGAUACACCGGAGAUGCAGGAGCCAGAGACCAGAGAGGCAAAAGACAACUACAUGCAGUCUGACACCGUCGUGAAGAAGGGAACGGACAAUGGCAAAACAGACAUUGAGCUGGCCAAAGCAGGGGACAAGGAUGAAAACGCAGACGGCGACGACGACGACGAGGACGACGACGAGCCGGAGGACUUCAUGAUCAUGCCUGAAGGUAUUCUCGAGCGCGUGCUGUGGGGCCUUUGCCUGCCCGUCUACAUCCCUUUGUAUUACACACUGCCUUGGCCAUCACAAGGCUCCAAGUGGUUUCUUGCGACCUUCUUCCUGUCCUUACUUUGGAUCGGCGGCUUUUCCUUCCUGCUGGUCUGGUGGACCGACACUGUCGCAGGGGUAUUGACAAUCCCCAUCAUUGUCUCCAGCGCCACGUUUUUGGCCGCAGCGACAUCUAUACCUGAUGCUGUAAGCUCCAUGGCUGUCGCCCGCAAAGGACAGGCAGAUAUGGCAGUCAGCUCAUCCGUUGGCUCUAACAUUUUCGACAUCCUGGUUGGGCUGCCAAUCCCUUGGCUGGUGAAAUGUGGGAUCGAGUCUAGUAAUCCUGACUUCCGGGGUGUCCCCAUCAAGUCGCCCUACUUGAUGUUCUACACCUGCUUGCUUCUUGGCAUGGUUUUCGGCACGGUUAUGAGCAUCAAGAUUUGCGGCUGGAAGCUGCAGAAAGCCUUGGGCGCUUGCAUGGCUGUCUUGUACUUUGUCUUUAUUGUCACUACGAUCACAGUGGAACUGGCGCGGCCAACUUGGCUGAUGACGAAUCCUAGCUGA